CUGUCGAGAGCAAUCAAGUGCAGCACACCUGUUAGCAAUUUCUCUUAAUUAUCAGUUAAUUUUAUAUUUGGUAAAUACAAGAUCCAUCGAGCACUGCUCUUUUCAAGGGAGAACCGACUUUCACGAAUGCACGUACUAGAAUGAAAACGCACAAGAUUAUGACACGAAGAACAGCGGAAGUGCGCCUGCGUGGCCUCCAAGCAAGGUAUUAUUUCACAAGUAUUUUUCUGUGAGAAGUAACCACAUGUCAAAUGUUUCUUUCAGCGUGAAAAUGUCGCGUAAUUGAUGUCUUCCUCUCGGCAGAUGUCAAAUUGCGAGUGUUUCAUUCGCACCGUGGUAUUACGUCGUUUUGCGCUAUGUUUACACCAAAUUAGACACUUUGCGUCGAAAAAUUUAUACUCUCAGAGGAAAGUUAUUUAAUCAUAUAUAAUUUUAUAUAAGUAUAUAAUGCACCAUGGAUUAUUCGCGAGGAGGGAAUACAUGAACCGUCACAAAAACUUUUAUUUUUAAACGCAUCUCGAUGCCCGAAAAAUGAAGGUCUGUUUGAGAGAGCGAUACCUCACCUUCAAUCGAAUUUUGUUGCUCACUAUUGGCUUAUGGCCAUAUCAGCAAUCAACACUUACUCAACUUCAAAUGGUAGUUCUUCUCAGUAUUUUGAUAACCUUCAUCAUAUUCCAGUUCUCGAGACUUAUAUUUGUAGAUUAUACUUAUGGCUUUGUCCUUAGAAUGCUUUCUAUCUCGUCCCUAUUCGUUUUGUAUGUUACUAAGUAUAUAUCAUUUUGGAUUAAUAUCGAUGCUAUAAAAUGUACCUUGGAGCGAUUGCAAGAUGUUUACAAUGAGCUAACAGAUAAGAAUGAAAUUGCUAUUUAUGAAGAAUACGGGAAGCUUGCAAAACAAUAUACAAUCAAGUUUAUAUUAGUUCAAGCAUCCAUUUUGAGUUUUGCUUUUGUAAUGGAAAGUUGGCCAUUCAUAUUUGACAUUGUUAUACCUAAAAACGACACCUACACACGUCAUCUGAUAAAUAGUUUAACAAGCUACUAUCUUAUACAAGAAAAGUAUUUUUUUUUUGUCCUUCUGCAUAUGAACGCAGCUCAUGCUGUGGGAUCAUUCAUAUUAUCAGGAAUAGGAACUCUAAUGAUAUCGUAUGUCACAUAUAUCAGUGGAAUGUUCAAAAUUGCAUGCUUCCGUUUUGAACGAGCAAUGGCGGCCGAUACGUUGCAAAAUAUUUAUUUGAAGAAUCAUUUCGUGACUAACAAAUACAUAAUCGGUGCUGUACAAAUUCAUCGUAAGGCCACGGAGUUCGCCGAAUUUCUUGUAUACAACUUUGAAAAAUCAGUUCUCUUUAUCAUAGGGACUACAGUACUUUGCGUGAGCCUCAAUCUUUAUCGAAUGUCUCAGAUUGAAAAACCUUUGGAAGAAAUAGAAGAAGCUUCGACACACUUUUUUAUUAUGUUUUUCGUUCUUUUGUACAUGUUCGUAUGUAACUACGUUGGACAAGAAAUCAUAGAUAAUAAUAAAAAGCUUUUUAUUACCGCAUACAAUAUUCCGUGGUAUCAAGCACCUUUGCACGUACAGAAGCUGAUAUUAAUUUUAUUACAAAAAAAUUACAAACCUUUUGCUUUGAAUUUUCAUGGAAUUUUUGUAGCAUCUUUAGAGUGCUUUGCUACGCUAAAUAGAAUAGAUAAUUAUAGAGACAUAUACAGGAUGUUUUUCGUCAAAUUAAGCGCCAAAGCUAAGAAACGAAUACUCCUGUUGGAUAAACCGUCAUACAUCAGACAUCAGACGCAAUACACUCUGGUGGUAUCCCCACCUGUCCCUACCAGUGGAAGAAUUGGUAUAGAUUAUGUCGCAGUCAACAGCGAAGCUUCAAUGAUGAUGUGUAUUAAGAAUCGGUUCUUCAACCAAAAUCGUCUACUUCUGCUCGCUUUUGGCUUGUGGUUUGACGAGGAAACGAUAUUCACCCAUUUUCAGGCAACAUUACUUUGCAGUCUUAUGAUAAGCAGCAUUAUAUUUCAGUUCUCAAGACUUUUCAUUGCAGAAUGUAGCUUCGAUCUUAUUAUGAGAAUAUUCUCUUCCAUGAUGUUCUAUGUCUUGCUCACGAUUCCAUGCAUCUCAAUGUGGAUUAACAUAAAAGCUAUCAAAUAUUUAUUCGACCAACUGCAAUACAUCUACGACCGGCUAAAGGAUAGAAACGAAAUUGCUAUCUAUGACAAAUAUGGAUACAUUGGAAAACAAUUUACGACUGUAGCAAUAAUAGUUCUUGCAUUCAGCCUAUGUGGAAAUUCUGUCAUAAUAUAUUGGCCGUACAUUCUUGAUAUCAUUGUACCGAAAAAUGUGUCUUAUGCAAUUCGUGCGAUGUACUUUAUGACCAAGUACUUCAAAGUUUCAGAGAAGUAUUAUUUUUUAGUUCUUGUGCAUUUGAACGCAGCCUGUACGACAGGGUUAAUUGUAAUGAUAGCAAUGGGAACAAUGUUGCUUUCGUAUACGCAACAUAUCUGCGGUAUGUUUGAAAUUGCCAGCUAUCGUAUUGAACAAGCAAUGGCGCCCGAGUUGUUACACAACUUUGAUAUAAAGAAUCGAACUGUGAUAUGCAAACAGAUGAUAUGUGCCAUAGAUAUACAACGGCAAGCUAUGCAGCUCAGCGACUGUCUUCUAAGUACUAUGCACGGAUCUCUUGCUGUAGUAAUAAUAACUACUGUACUUUGCGCGAGUUGCAAUCUUUUUCAAGUAUUUCAAAUCGAGUCACCUGCGGAGGAACUGGAGGAAGUUUUAUUACACCUUUUGGCUGCAUCUUUCGUUGUCUGGAUAAUGUUCAUAUGCAAUUAUGCUGGGCAAGAAAUAACAGAUCAUAGUAAUCACGUAUAUGUAAUUACAUAUAGUAUUUCAUGGUACUUAGCACCGUUACACAUACAGAAAUUGGUACUAUUUCUAUUACAAAGGAAUCAUAAAAUUUUCACCAUGAGUGUCGCUGGAUUAUUUACAGCAUCUUUAGAAUGUUUCGCUACACUAGUGAGUGCAUCAGUAUCUUACUUCACCUUCAUGUACUCCAUGCAGAAAUAACAACCAGAUAGAUUGUCUGAUAGUAUAUUAGAAUAGAGUAGGUAGAUAUAAAGCACAAAUACAUAUACACAAAAUAUUUUUAUUUCUUUCGAAAUUGUAACAUUCCCUACAAAAUAAUCAGAAAAAAGUUGCAUUAGUUGAAAUAUAUGCACAGUCAACACAUUACGGAACCGACGAAAUCGACGGUAGUAAAGUUUCUCUCGUACGUUGAGACAUAUGGGACAUUAUUUAAAUGAAGUUACCACAAUAUGUUGAUAAUGAGUAUUCGUGCAUUCGUAAUUAAUGCGUGCGAUGCAUCUAAGAAAAAGCAGAAUAUUAAUGACUGAAGAAUGUAACUUACAAGUAAUGGAAUAAAGACAAUUUGAAUACAAUUGGGGACGAUGGCUGCGGCAAUAUUGUUAUUAGGAUAAGAAGUUAUUUUGUUAGCAAACAUUUAGUGAAGAAGAUGUACAUAUUAUGAACGAUGAUAUGUAAAUUUAGAAUAUGUUUUACAACAAUAAGAUAUCUCUUUUAUGUGAAUAAAAAUCUAAUAAACUGAA